CAUGCCCCAACUUACAGCCACAGUGGAACAUAAGCAGGCCUGAACAGCAGCCAUGGUAUCGAUCGUGAUGAUUGACAGGGCAUCUGUCGCAUUCGUCAUUCUCGGGCAGGGUUUCUCCAGUCAAAUCUUGGUACGCCAAAGACGGGACAGUUUGACUGGUGCCGAUGGAGGAAGGCCCACUUCACGUGUUUUUCAAGAGGUUGGUUGGAGGAAUGCAGUGGGUCAGCUUCUCAGUCUCCCUAUUCGGAAGGAGGUGGCCGAGCUAUCCUUCAGUGCGGUGACACACGUGGUUUUUAUGGCUUGGAGAGUUAUGGACUAUGUACCGAGUGGUGGUGGUAGUUGUAUGAUUAUGAUCAUUAUGAUCAUUGUCGCCGGCGUUGCUGCUGUUAUGCCUCGUCCGUACCUUGACUUCAAACCCACCGCAACAUAUUUCCAUUCUGACGCGCUCCCCGAAAAGAUCGCGGAACCAUCAUUGUCCAAGGCAACCCCCCUCUAG